CGCACGUUCAUUCAGUCUGCUGUGGACGACGUUGCACGACGACGAAAGCGGACGGCGCGUGGAAGCAAGAACCAAACAAAAAUCAACAUACACUCUCUCUCCCACACACAACUGCACUCUGGAGAGCAGCGCGUGCCAUGAAAUACUAUCUGCAGCAUUCAAUAGAUGCAACUGCAGCGCAACGGUGUCCAACACUUGAGAGAUUCCGAAAUUCCGAGAUCCGCGUUUGAGAUUCGAGAUAUUUUCCUCACUUUACGCGCGCGCCUCAAAGGCAUCGCGCCCCGGCUUGAAACGUUGCAACGUCGCGUGUGUGGCAGACGAUCCUUAGUUGAUCUUGACUCUGGUCUCUGUGUUUGUGUGUGUCUCUGUGUAUGUGUGUGUGAUAGCCAUCUUCCCGAAGAUACUCUUAAUGAAUUGUUAUCUAAUGGAUGCUUGGGAUUUGGAUUGUGACUAAAUAUCUAAAGAAUCUCUAAAGAAAAUUGUGAACCAUUUUCGGGAAAUCCAGAAAAUAAAAUCAACUUUGCUACUGCUACUUGAAGAACACUAAAAUAAAACGGCGUGGCGCCCAUGAUGCGAGCGGUGCAACAGUGACAUGGCCGAGGGCUGCGAGGACUCUGCCGGUGCCGCUGAAUCGACAACGUCACAGUACACAACGACGCUAGACAAGAUGCUGGGCACGGUGUUGCCUUGCGAGGCGGCAAUUGGUGCCACUCCUGGUGGCAGUGGCGGGGUCAACUCAAACACCAGCGGCGGUGGCAGCAGCAGCAGCAGCAGCAACAACAGCAACAGCCACAGCAAUGCAAACAAUAUUGUGAAGCGGGAGUUUUGCGAUGGCAGCUUGAUGCCGGGUGCUGGGGCAAGUGUUAACAACAACAAUAGCACUACCAACAACAACAACAAUAACAAUGACAACAACAGCAAUAACAACAACAACAACAAUACCAAAAUUCAGUCAUUGAUUUGCACUGGAAGCAAUAACAGCAGCAGCAACAACAACAGCAACAAGAACAUCAGCAGCAGCUCAUCCUCCUCAUCAUCGUCCUGCUCCUCGAGCUCCUCCUCCUCGAGCUCUGCCACCAGCACCCACACCAGCUGCACAACCACCGCCGCCGUAGUGCCCUCGAACUGCUCCACAAAUGCCAACAAGUCGCCCGGAUCCCCCUACUCGCAAUUGGGCAUGGGUGCCGGUACCGUGGCGAGUCCGCUGCGCGAGGCCAGUCCACUGGCCAGUCGCAGUCGAUCGCCAUUGAUGCAUGCCACAGCCGCCCAGUCACCCUGCAGCGGUGGUGCGGUGGCGCCCGGCUCCCCGCCAUCGGCCUCAUCCAACAGCUCGUCGCAUGUGAUGACCCUCAACAUCAAGACCGAGUCGGACUUUGACAAGGAGAUCAGUUGCCACAAGAUCCACUCGCCGAGCGGCAGCAGUCUCGUCCACUCCCUGCACCACCACAGCAACAGUGGCAGCAACCACACCAGCAACAACAACAAUAUCGAUGAUGAUAUGGAAAUCACGGACGUACACGCCCUGCUCUCGCCCCCGCCACACUCCCACACCCACUCCCAUUCCCAUUCGCACUCCCACUCCCCCUACGACACCAAGGACCACGUCAAGGAGCUGGAGUUCUACAAGAAUCUGGCUGCCAAGGCUGCCUCCCUGGCCAACCAGCAGCCCGCUUCGCCGUUGGCCAUGCCCCUGCCCAUGCCGAUGCCCAUGCAAAUCGACGCGGAUGCGGAUGCGGACGAGGACGAGGCCGAUGCCGAUGCCGAGGAGCAAGCGGCGGAGGCACUGCGUCUCCGGCGAGAGGAGCAGGCCCAGGCGAAGGCAUUUGCGGCGCAUCUGAAUGGAACUAUGCAAGACAUGAUAAAUUUGCAAAAAUUACAAAAUUUGGCCACGCUGCAGCAACAGCAGCAGCAGCAACAGCAACAGCAGCAACAUCCACAUCCACAUCCACAUCAUGGGCAUCAUCAUCACCAUCCUGCCACGGCCGCUGCACUGGCAAGUCUUCAGGGCUUAGCUGCCUCCGUGUUCAAUUCGCCGUUGAAUCUAAGCGUCGGUGCUGAGCCUGUGGCAGCAGUGGGUGCGGCAUCCACAUCAGCUGCGGGAGUCUCACCACCCCACAGCAGCUGCCACAAUGGUAGCAAGAACAAGACGUCAAAAGCUAACUGCGGCGGCGGCAGCGGCGGCAACACCAAUGCACACAACAGCUCCAACUCCGGGUCUGGCUCCGGUCCGGGCUGUGGCACUGGCUCUGGCUCUGGCGGCAAUGCCUCCUCCAGCCAGCAUCCGGAUAAUCCUAGCAGCAGCAGCUCCCCCCAUGCCCUCAAUGCCACAUCGCUGGCCAAUGUUCUGGCUGCGGCGACCGCAUCGCCACCGCCAGCCCUUCAGGCGCCACCAGCAAGCGCCCAGAUGCCGCAACUGAUACUCGCCUCCGGGCAGCUGGUGCAGGGCGUACAGGGGGCCCAACUGCUCAUCCCAACGGCGCAAGGCAUUGCCGUGCAGACCAUACUCACGAUUCCCGUGAGUCCGCAGAUACCCACCACGGAGCAGUUCCUGCCCAAUGCUUUUGGAGCCUAUGCGAGCUACCAGCAGCAACAGCAACAGCAACAACAGCAGCAGCAGAGGGAGCAGCAGCGGGAGUUGUUGCCACCAUCGCUGGCUGCCCUGCAACAUGCCACAGCGCUACCCCAACUGGCCCAGACACCCACGAAUUUACUCAAGCCCAAUCUCUUCUCGACCGGCGUCCAGCAGCUGCUGACGGCCCUGCAUCCCGAGCUCUUUGCCGCAGCGGCCGCCAACCAUCAGCAGCAGCAACAGCAGGCACAACAGCAGCGGGAGAGGGAACGGGAGAGGGAACGAGAACGAGAACGGGAGAGGGAGCACCAGAUGGCUGCAGCGGCCAUUGGUCACCUGCCACAUUCCCAUUUGGCCGCCGAUCUGCGACGAUCAGCGGAGCGUACACCCCCAGCAGGAUCGCCAGGCGGCGGAAGUCCGGGGCUGCCUUCAAAGGGUCCGCCUCCACCACCGCCAGGCGCUGCGUUUCUGCUGCAGCAGCAGCUCCACAUCAAGCCGGAGACGCAGACGCAUCUGCAUCAUCACCUGCCGCCGCAGGGAUCCGCAGCGGUCUCAUCCUCCCAUCCGCAGAUCAGCCUGAGGCAUCCGGACGAGUUGACUGCCCCACAGAUGGAUCUGAAGCCACUGGAGCUGAGUGCCAGCGCAUCGCCGCCAAUUCCGCCGCCAUCCGCUGCCCUGGCACGCCAUCACUUCGGUCACAGUCUGCGAGUGGUCUCCCCCAAGCACAGUCCCGGUCGGAUGUCCGCCAGUGGCGCCUCCUCGACCGGCAUGAAUCUCAGCCACCACCACGAGAGGCACGAUCGGCAUGAGAGGCAUGAUCGACAUGAUCGACACGAUCGACACGACCGCCACGACAGACUUGAACGGCAUGAGAGGCGCUCGCACACGCCCACGGCAACGGCCACGCGGGCCAGCGUCUCGUCCAGCUCGGGUGCAGUGCAUCAUCUGCCCCACGAGCGGGGCGGUGGGAGCAUGCCCUCGGGCAGACUGACGCCGCCGACAUCCACUUCGGCGAGCUCCGCCAACAGCACCAACGAUAGAGGCUACACAUCACCACUGUUCCGGACGCAUUCGCCACCCGGACACGCCCUCAACAUGGGCACCUCGCCACGCCUAGAGCGGGACUAUCUGGGCAACGGACCAAGCCUGAGCGCUGGCUCUGUCGGAGCCACCUCGACCAGCUGUGGGGCGGCAGCUUCAGCGGCGGCCUCCAGCUCCACGGCCAACGUACUUAGCAGCAUCAGCAGACUCAAUGCCUCCAAUGGAGAGCUGACCAUCACCAAGUCCCUGGGUCCGCCCACGGCCACGGCUACGCGAGCCUCGUCGGCCUCGCCUCGAGAGGACUCCCCCGGCCCGGGGCCCUCCACAUCGAGUGCCUCUCUGAUGCAGCCCCUCAAGCUGAGUCCAUCGUCGCGCAGCGAGCCGCCGCACCUGUCGCCCAAUGCCAACGACAUCGACAACGACCUGCUGAUGGAUUCACCGAAUGAGCCGACCAUCAACCAGGCCACCACGAAUGUGGUCGACGGCAUCGACCUGGACGAAAUCAAGGAGUUCGCCAAGGCCUUCAAGCUGAGGCGCCUGUCGCUGGGCCUCACCCAGACCCAGGUGGGGCAGGCGCUGUCGGUGACCGAGGGACCCGCCUACAGUCAGAGUGCCAUAUGCAGCAGUGCACUCGCUGCGCAGAUGUACGCCGCCCAACUAUCGACGCAGCAACAGAACAUGUUCGAGAAGCUGGACAUCACACCAAAGAGCGCGCAGAAGAUCAAGCCUGUGCUGGAGCGCUGGAUGAAGGAGGCCGAAGAGAGCAGUCACUGGAACCGCUACAAGUCCGGCCAGAAUCAUCUAACGGACUACAUUGGCGUGGAGCCGUCGAAGAAGCGCAAGAGGCGCACCUCCUUCACGCCCCAGGCCCUGGAGCUGCUCAAUGCGCACUUUGAGCGCAACACGCAUCCAUCGGGCACGGAGAUCACCGGCCUGGCCCAUCAGCUUGGCUACGAGCGUGAGGUUAUCCGCAUCUGGUUCUGCAACAAGCGACAGGCCCUCAAGAACACCGUGCGCAUGAUGUCAAAGGGCAUGGUCUAGGCACAGAGAGAGGCUGAGGGUAGAGGCCCGUGUAAAUAGGAGGCCCCUGUAUAUAGCUAUAUGUAUAUGUAUGCGUAUGACUGCUCGCAUGUGUUUAAUUGUGUGAAAAUGUGUGUGUAUUCCCGUGUGAUAGCUGUAGCCCCUUAGACUUUAACAUAGGCCAUGUAAAGUAAUAAUGUGUCAUCGCAUUUACCAUACGAUCCCACACACCCCACACCCGAGAACCCAAUCGAAUUGAAUAUUUAAGCAUACUAUGUAUAAUCUAACCUUAAUCAUAUCCCAAAUAGCCUAAAGGUAGUCGAGAGUCCACGAACAGACUUGCGCAGUUUUUGGGCCAAAUUUGAUUGAUGUGCCAUUCCAGGAAACAAACAACAAACCACAAAACACAUACAAAAAAGACACGUUCAUACGCAUAAAAGAUUAACUAUUAAAUGUUUGAACAAUUUCAACCAAAACUGCAUGGAUCUACAUACAUAAGAAAAACUCUUUAGAUGAGUAAAAAGUAAUUGCAUUUAAUGCGUUGUCUACAUUAAACUCGUAUACGAAGUUCAUUUUAUUUCGAUCACCGUUCGUAAGCAAAUUAUAGACCCUAGCAUUUAGUCAACUCAGUCCCAAAAAUAAAACAAAACAAAAACUAUGAAAAUUUAAUGGCAGUACACUAGAAAGAAACCCAGCAACAGUUUAGACUAAGAAAAUUCGUGUAGCGAUCUUAAAUUAUGAAUGAAACAAAAACAAAAACAAAAAUAAUGAAAAAAAUAACAAAAACAAAAAAGACAUAUUUCAACUACGAAAUUAAAAUGGUACACAGCAAGAAAACAACAACCACAACUGAACAAAUAUUUAAAUGAUUGUAAUAAAA